UCAGGGGCUGGUUGUGUCCAGUGCUGUUCUGCGUGCUGUAAACACAUGGUGGUGAGCUGCAGUGUGUUUACAGGGUGAGAGAAGAGCGGGAUUAUCUGUAUAUAUUAAACCCGGCUGUGUGAUAAAACCCCGGGGAAUAAUCCGGUAUGAAGGUGAAGGUGCUGUGCCGGAAUCCGGACGACUAUGUUCGGGAAACAACGCGAGAUAUCCAGCGGGUUCCCAGGAAUUAUGAUCCUACACUCCACCCAUUUGAAGUGCCGAGAGAAUACACCAGAGCCCUGAAUGCCACCAAGCUGGAACGCGUCUUCGCCAAGCCCUUUGUGGCCUCCUUGGAUGGUCACAGGGACGGCAUUAACUGCAUAGCUAAGCACUCUAAGAGUCUGUCCACAGUGUUGUCUGGUGCUUGUGAUGGAGAGGUGAAACUUUGGAACCUGAGUAAACGGGAAUGUCUGCGCUCAGUCCAAGCUCAUGAAGGCUUUGUGAGGGGAAUAUGCUCUCGCUUUUGUGGAAGCUCAUUUUUCACGGUUGGAGAUGAUAAAACGAUCAAACAGUGGAACAUGGGGCCUCCUGGUUAUGGGCUGAAGGAAGAGCCUCUGAACACUAUUCUUGGAAAGGCUGUGUUCACAGGCAUUGACCACCACCAGUCAGAAGGCACAUUCGCCACCUGUGGUCAGACCGUGGACAUCUGGGACGAGCUGAGGAGUAGUCCCAUCCGGUCCUUCAGCUGGGGGGUGGACAGCUUCAGCUGUGUCCGCUAUAACCCUGUAGAGACUGAACUUCUUGCCAGCUGUGCCUCAGACAGAAGCAUCAUUCUGUAUGAUAUGAGGGAAUCUACUCCUCUUAAAAAGGUUAUAAUGAAAUUGAAAAGUAACACACUUUGCUGGAACCCAAUGGAGGCUUACUACUUCACAUGCUCCAGCGAGGACUACAAUCUGUACACAUAUGACAUGAGGUGUCUGGACUCUCCAGUGAGGGUACACAUGGACCACGUCUCUGCAGUGCUGGAUGUAGACUAUUCUCCCACAGGGAAAGAGUUUGUGUCGGCCAGUUUUGACAAGACCGUCCGAAUCUUCCCCAAAGACGGCGGCCAUAGCAGGGAGGUGUACCACACCAAGCGCAUGCAGCACGUCAUCUGUGUGAAGUGGUCUGCAGACAACAAGUACAUCCUGAGCGGCUCUGACGAGAUGAACAUACGCCUCUGGAAGGCCAAUGCCUCUGAAAAGCUAGGAGUGCUCACCGCCAGAGAGAAGGCAGCCUUACACUACAACCAGAAGCUGAGAGAUAAGUUCCAGCACCACCCGCAGGUGAGGCGCAUCGCCCGCCACCGUCACCUGCCCAGAGGCAUCUUCAGACAGAAGCGAGAGCUGAAGGAGAUAAAGGAAGCUCAAACCAGGAAGGAACAAAACGUUCGCAAACACAGCAAGCCGGGCUCCGUUCCCCUGGUGACCGAGAGGGAGAAGCAUGUGGUGACUGUGGUGGAGUAGAGCGUCACUGGAAGAACUUCCAGUCGUCCCAAAAUACCACUGAUGCACAUCAUUCAGACGGCUUUUGGACCUUUUUGGACCUUUUUGGACCUUUUUGACCUGAGGACCUUUCCAGGCUCUCAACAUUUUAGUUUGUUUUUGCUUUAAAGGAACUUUCUAAAGAUCUUCCGUGAACAUCAGAGUGGAACAUCCUCGUCUGACUCUCCUUUUUUAUGUUUUCUUUUGUUCCUUGAUUGAUUUGCAGUAAAAGACCUGAUGAGACUUUAGGCGGCCACACAAUGUGCUCAAUGCCCCACGAUGUAGCCCCUUAAAAAUGUAAACCGUGCGUCAGCACUCAAGAACUCUGAGCAUUGUUUAAUUCCUUGCUGUAUUUCUUUAUUAAGACAUUAAAAUAAAACCAAAAUUUAACCUCUA